UUCACUUGCCACAAUUUGAUGGCAUAAUACUACCGUAGUACCGUAGUCUCACUAUUUUACUCGUUGAAAGAAGUCUCAGAGAUAUCGAGCUACUGUACUAUUCAAAAACAUUUUUUCAAAUAAACAUUUAAAAACGAGAUAAUGAAAUUUUCGUAGCGAUUUGUGUUGGUACCGUUACAAUCCACUUAGCACUUAGAUAUAAUGUAAGUGAGGCAAUGUACUUUAACUUUAACCUGUAGAUAUUCUAUUAAGUGCAACCGGUAGUGCCGGCACCGCUUUGAAUAACAAAACAAUUUUUAUGUAACAUUGACGGUUCGUUUAAGUGAUCGUUUCUACUUCUAAAGUACUAAAGGUGUCGAACAAGGUCCGGCAGAGAAGUGAUCGACAUCGUGGAAGUGGGCACGUUCAUUAAUUAUUAUUCCAUUCCAUUCUCGGAAGAGUGAUCUUGAAAAGCGAGGUUAAAUCCGCUGUUCCACUAUUUUUUAUUUUUCGAGUACUUUUAAUAUACGGGGUGAUUAACAAUUUUCGAUUAUACGUUAAGUGCACUUUUGUUUUCGGAUAGAUAACUUGUUGGCAUUUAGGAUUUAACUGAAGUGGGACAUUGUUGGUUUAUAUCCUUCUUGGAAUAAGAAAGCGAAUAUGUAAAUAACGUUCUUUAAGAAAGUUGUGUACUUAGAAACGUUUUUAGAUGGAUUAAUAGACAAUAAAGUACUGGCUAUGAAGGGGUGGUUCGAUGCAUUUCGAAAUGAUGGUGGGCCUACCCUGUACAACUUUAACAACAGAACCUCAGUGACUGGUGAUGUCACCUUUAUCACAUUUUUAGCUGUAUUCUCUACGUUAUAUGUGGCCUUUCUCAUUAUCUAUUUUGGCAUCAGAAAAGAGAGAUGUUCGACUUUUUGUGCUGUGACGUUAAGUCUGUUUAUAGGAGCGACUAUUUUAAUAACAUUAUAUGGAUCAGCGUGGCAUAUAUCAAAAUCUCAAAUAGUCAGCACUUAUCAAGCUUUUUCCCAAGAAAAGCUUACAGCUGACAUCGGAGUGUAUGUAGGAUUAAAUCAUGUAAAUAUAACUUUACAAGCAAAUUCCAGCAAAAACUGGAGUGAUAUAGAUUUUAACGAAAAAUUUUUAUGGGUUGAUGAGCACCAUAUGCAAACAAGUUUUAAAGAAGCCAUUAUUAAGGGACUGCCUUUUCCAAUAUUGACUGUAGCAGAAUACUUUACUACAGGACAAGAAGGAUUGGCAUGGGGUAGGCAGUACAGAUCUGCAGGAUAUUUUGCCAUAAUCAUGCUUUGGACUUCGUUUGUGACAUGGGUGUUGAUGAACCUUAUGUUAAUAGUGGUACCUCGGUAUGGAGCACUUCUAAUGACCUUGUGCGGGUUCCUUCUUCUGUCGACGGUGUGUGGGUACUUCGGAAUGUUACCAGAGCCUCCUCUCGUUGUAUACAUUGACGGAACCAAAUUGAAUUUUUCCUUUGGAUGGUGUUAUUGGUUGGUGCUAAUUGCAGGAGGCGUCUGUUUGUUAGCUGGAGUUAUAAUCACCACAGUAGAAAUAAUAAAUCCACACAGUUUCUCUACAAUACUAGAAGUAGAUUACGACACGCCAUUUGAUAGACAUAUAAUUAUAGAGGAUAGUAGAGGAAAACGUUUCGAAAAAAAGAAGAAUGAUUCUAGCUUAGAAAGCCCCAAUUCAAUAGGGAGAAUCUUGAGGAGACUGAGCUAUAAGAAUCGCGAUGAAGGGAAUGAAAAUAAAAGUAACUUGUCUAAAGCCAACCAAGAAUUUCGUUUGGAACCAAGUCCUUGGAAAUAUCCAUACAAAAACAAAGCAUCGCCGAAUGUUUCUCCGUCAGUAUCAAUUAUUUCAUCAACAAUGUCUAUAUCAGCUACCAGAGAAUCUCCAUUUCCCAAGGAGGAUAUAAGUUGCGUUCACCGUCCUCGCAAGUUCGAUUCAGUGUCCAUGUGGUGAUAUUUUUCUGAACGUAUGUGCAAUGAUUCGAUAAAUUUUAAAGUGAUUUUAUUGUGAUAUGUCAUAAAAAUGGCCAUAUUUAUUAUGUGUUAGAUUUAGAAGUACCUAUUUUUAAUAUAAUGGUAAUUUAUUUCGAUCGAUUAAAAAUAAAUAAUUUCCAACGGUU